GAACGACGAGACAACUUUACCUACUCAAAAUGAUAUUUAUUGAGAGUCGCGAUAUCUGUCAUGUUUCCUUGCUUGCCUGCAGAAUGGAGCUCUGUAAACGAUGAGAUUCAAUUGGAGGCAAGCUUUCACUCCUGCGGUUAUUAUGCGUUGGCAACGCCCUUGACCAAAGAGAAAACUUCAAAGGUUCCUCAGGAUAUCCCAGAUAUUAUCCUCGCUGUCUAAUUCGGCUAUGUUUAUCUAAGUUCCUGCUUUGUGUUGUACCAUUUCAGCUGCAAGAGCGUACAGAAGUUGCCCGGCUUCACUUUGCUACAAGAAAUUUCAGGUGUAAAGUGGAGGCGCCCCGGCCACGAAGCGAUCGACGAAUGAAGCGGCCAGGGGUGAAAUCACUAUAGUGCCGAGUACUAAGCUCGAAGUAUGACUAAGCCUGAGGUACCGCAACGAGGCUGAGCCUCUUGCAACUCUGCUUACAAGCGACACGUACAUAUCGGAUGACACACGAGUAUACCUCAACAGUACAUGUGAAGACGGCUUCAUUGUUUAGGUGGAGAUGCAGCAAUACGGAAAGCAACAUCUAACACCCUUAGGCGACGGUGCCACAGCAUUAUCACUCGUUGAAGGGCCAACACACCCUCCUCUUGUUAGAAUCACUUUCGGCCAACUCAUCGACGAACAGGCAAAUAGCUAUGGUUCUAAUGAUGCUGUUAUCGUCCCAUGGACAAAUUCUAGACUCAACUACGCUACUUUGAAAGAAAGAACGCAAGCUGUGGCUCGAAGUCUGCUGGCGUUGGGAGUCAGGAGAAAAGAUCAUGUCGCGAUUCUGUGCGGUGACGACGAGAGAUUCAUCGAGCUUUUUUUCGGUUGCGGAAGAAUCGGAGCUGUAUUGGUUAUUCUAAACAAGACAUACACUCCGUUCGAGUGCGAGAGGGCAAUCAGACACACUGAGCCAAAGGUUUUCUUCAUUUCGGACUGGGUGAACCAUAAAGAAACAGACAGCGUAAUCCAAGUGGUCCUAAAAUCCAAAGACUCCGGACUCAGUCUCAGAACCGUUAUAGCUAUCCGCACAAACUCCAAACAAACAAAGCAACUUCCGUCAUGGGAGGCAUUUCUGGCACAAGGAGGAAAGACUCCAAUUGCAGAGCUUAAUCAUGCUGAGCGAGGAGUUGGUCCUAACGAUACUGUUAAUCUUCAAUUCACCAGCGGUACAACUGGAGACCCCAAGGCCGUUAUGUUGAGCCACUUAAAUUUGAUCAACAACGCACGAUUCAUAGGCGAUUGCUUGCACCUAGUCCCGGAAGACAUCGUUUGCUGCCCACCGCCGCUAUUUCAUUGCUUUGGGCUUUGUGCAGGUCUUUUGGCAGCAAUCACCCAUGGAUCGUCUAUAGUCUACGCAAGCCGUGACUUUGACGCCGAUGCAGUGGCGCGGACUCUCGUCGAAGAGCAUUGCACAAUUCUCCACGGCGUGCCGACCAUGUUCGAUGCCAUCAUGUCGGCCGUAGAUAAACACGGAUUCAAGAUCAACGCAGUCAGAAACGGGAUUGCGGCCGGCACAAAAGUCCCACCUACUUUGCUAGAACAGCUUAGACAGAAACUCGGAUUCCGACAUACUGCUGUAUGCUAUGGAAUGACGGAAACUUCUCCUUCGAGCUUCAUGACAGUUCCGUCAGACCCUUUAAAGAUGAACCUCGAGACGGUCGGCCGAGUACUACCACACACAAUGGCGAAGAUAGUCGACGAUUGCGGCCGGAUUCUUCCUCGUGGGACAAGGGGAGAAAUUGCUGUUUCUGGGUAUCUGCUACAGCAGGGGUACUACAGAAACCCCGUCAAAACUGCCGAGGUUAUGAUCCCGGACGAGAACGGCAAGGUCUGGAUGCACACUGGCGACGAAGGUUUCUUCGAUGAGAAUGGAUACUGUACCAUCACCGGCCGGCUCAAGGACAUGAUCAUCCGUGGAGGCGAAAACAUCUACCCUCUCGAGAUUGAAGAGCGGCUUCUCGAGUUGCAGGGCGUUAGUCAGGCGGCCGUGGUCGGAAUAAAGGAUGACAAGUACGGUGAAGAAAUUGGCGCAUUUAUUCAAUUGGCUACAGGUACGCCCAAACCUUCUAUCCAGGAGAUCAGAGCUUGGAUACGACAGAUUCUUGCCCCUCAAAAGGUCCCUAGACACCUCUUCUGGGUCGGGCCUGGAGAGGCGACAGGGCAAUUUCCCGUGACUGGUAGUGGGAAAAUCCGAAAGGACGCUUUGAGGAAGAUCGGGGAGAGCCUAAAGAGUGAAACAAAGAGUCAGAGGACAGCGAGUAAACUCUGAUUCGGCCAACAUGUAUUGAGGAGCCGAUAAUGAGCAAGUUUAAUAAUUCAUUUUGCCUCCAAAAUAAUUGGAGACAUUCAGAAAAGGCCUAUUAAUCACACUUCAUGUGUGAGAGAAUGGAAGAUACAUGAGAAUUUUCUAAUCUUGAUUUCUUUCCUUACGCUGUGGGGAUAUCAAAGACGAGCGAAUACUUUCAUUGAAUAACCAGUCACUGUCUGCAUCCCUUAGAUUAUUUUUAAAGGCCUAUUUCUCUUCUCGACUUGUGUUUUGAUUCGCCUUUGCGAAUUUAACUCGCUGUAUGCCCAGUACGGCAACUAUUGUCCCGGCCGCCAUUCCUACAGCAAUGUGCCAUUCGGAUCUCAAUGCGUCAUUAAAGACACGUCGAACCACUGGAGCCAAUUCCGGAUCAACUUCUGAGACGAGCUGGGUCGCGGUCGGGUUCUUCAGUAGUCUUAGUGCCAAGUCUGGCAAUGCCUGCCUCAAACCGUGCUGAAGACUUUGUGUGAUGGCAGUUUGAGCAACAGCAAUGAAUAUCGCCCCUCCGAGUAUCUGGCAAAAGACCAUGAGGGACGUCGCUGCAGCA